CACUGUAGGUUCAAUAGGUACAUUUAAUGUUAGAGAAAUGUAUACAAUAUACAUCCUGAAAAUCUUUUUCUUUGCAUUCUAAUUUGUUAUGUAUUUCAUUUAAAUACUUCAUUUGUUGCUCUGUUAAGUGGUAAAUUGUCUUUGUUAUACCUUUUUAAUUAUUUCCAUAAAACUUCAGCUAAUUGAAACAGUUGCUUAAUUGAGCCAAAAUGUACUGAUUCCAAUUAACCAGAAUCUAUCUAUGUAUUCAUCCAUCUGUACAGUAUAUGAAAAAAGAGUCUCUGCUACUGCUGUCAUACAAUCAGUUUAGGGCCCCUUUGAUCCUCUGAACCCUCUGGAUGGGUCUGUAGCCACCAGUCCUCUGCCUUUUGCCUGCUGUGCACCCAAUCAAUUCAAUUCCAAGUUGCACAUCUUUGCUACUGAGAUCCUCUAUUGUUCCUCGUUGAAAUACUGGUUGGAGAACUGCAACCAUCUUACAUUUUCCUUUGAAUGGAUUAAUCUUAGAGAUUAGCUGCUGUUUGAUUGCUUUGUUGGCAUUUCUUCAAAAUUUAAUAGAUCUGUAUGUGAACUUCCAAACUCAAGGGUGGUAAAAGUUUCUUCAACGAAUUUUAAAUUCAUAUCAAAUUAAUGCCCCAAGCUCAAAGAUGCUUCUUUAAAACAUACAAGUCUGAUAUCAGGCCUUUGUGACUUAUUUUUUCUCUCCGUAGCUAGCACAUCUUCCCUGUGGAAUGGACUUGUCAGAAUAAAUUGAUAAUAACAUUUUUAAAAGUUAUGAAAAGGAUGUGUUCUUAUUACAAGCAUGAAGCAGGAAUGUUCACACAACUGGGUGACUGAAUUAUUCGACAACGACUGGUAUCAGUCACGGAAUAUAGUUGGGCUGGCAGACAUCAUUGUUCUCAAAUACUCUGUCAAUGACAAAACUUCGUUUCAAGAAGUGAAGGAUAACUAUGUCCCUAUGAUCAAGAGGAUACUGAACCAGUGGACAGUUGCAGUCAUUGUUGCUGCUAUUGGUACAAGAGAAAAUGAAGAGAGUCCAGCUUGUUCAUGUCCACUGUGUGCAUCAGAUAAAGGGAGCUGUGUGCCUUUCUAUGAGGGGUUGGAACUGUCAAAAGAAAUUGGAGCAGCCUACUUGGAACUUCAGAGUCUCAACGAUUUCAAUGUGGGGAAAUAUUUCGGCGGAGUGUUGGAAUACUUCAUCGUCCAAUGUUUAAAGCAGAAGUCUUCACAGAAAAAAAAGAAAAGGACAAGCAGAACACGUCUAAUUCCACCACCUAGACUUAAAGAGCCUGCCAAGCUGCCGUGUUUAAAGGUUGAGGUAUCCCGGUACCACUGUGACUUGCUGAGGCUUUUCUCCAGCUCUCUGUGUGCUGAUGUGGUCUUCUUCACCAGUGACGGACAAGAGGUGGCGAGGGCCCACAGGCUUGUGCUGUGCACGGCAAGCCACGUCUUCAUGCUGCUGUUUGGUGUGGAGGUUCCUGGCCGCCCUGGAGAGUUACCUGGGAAGAUUGCUCACCGUCUGUUUGUAAUAGAAAAAGACUUUGCAUUGAACUGCAGCCAAACUUUCCUUCAGAACAGCCAGCCAGUAAGGGUCAUCAUUUUAGACUCUGUGCUCUGUGCCUGCUUCUCAGAGGUCUUGAAGUUCAUUUAUGCAGGGACUGACAGCUGGGAUGAACUGAAAUCGGUGCUCUGGAAGAAGUUAAACAACCUAGAAGAAAUGAGGCAAGUGUUGGAAACACUCAGUCUCCUCUUCAAAUGCAACUCCAAGACGUCUUAUUCCAGUGGGAUUGACUACCCAACAGCAAAAGGAAAAGAACAAUCUCAAAGCUGCUGUUGUUCCUUAAGUCUUUUCCUCAAAAACCCUGACUUGGCUGAUGUCAUCUUUAAAGUACAAGGUACCUGUAUAUAUGCUCAUAAAGCAGUGCUGGUGGCUCGGUGUGAGGUAAUGGCUGCAAUGUUCAGUGGAAACUACAUUGAAACGCAAGCGUGUCAUGUUCCUAUUCAUGGUGUUUCCAAGGAAACCUUUCUCUCUUUCUUGGAGUACUUGUAUACGGAUUCAUGCUGCACAGGCAGCAUUCUCCAAGCGAUGGCUCUACUGAUAUGUGCUGAAAUGUAUCAGAUACAACGACUGCAGCAGAUGUGUGAGGCGUACAUUGUAACGCAGUUACAGAGCAUGCCCAGCAGAGAACUUGUAUCAAUGAACCUCAGUAUCGUCAACUUGUUCAACAAGGCAAAGUUCCACAACGCAACCAGAUUGUCUAACUGGUUACUGCAUUUCAUUGCCAGCAACUACCUCAUCUUCAGUCAGAAGCUGGAGUUUCAGGAGCUUUCUGGUAAGUGUGGCAUCUACACGAACAGUGGAAUGUAGGCACAAGGCAAACAGACAGGUUUACAUUGCUGUAAAGAGCGAUCUUUCCCGUGAGGUAAAUCUGCUUUCCCUUGACACGGUGUCGCUACACGUACUGGAAUUUCACUAGAGAUAUUAGUGACGGCUCUGUUCUGCACAUUGUGAGCACUCAGGUAUAGAGCUGGCAUAUUCUGAUGCAGACCACACAAUGCACCAGUAUUCAUGGACUCCUGAGAGAUGCAGCCCAUUUCACUCAGUGUCGGAAUUCUACCCUACUGCAAGUCAGCAAAUUAUUGUUGCCACUCAUACUAAUUAUAUUUAGAGCAUAGUACAGGCCCUUUAUCCCACAAUUUUGUGUCAACCUUUUAACCCCUUUUAAGAUCAAGCUAGCCCUUCCCUCCCACAUAGCCCUCCAGUUUUUCUUUCAUCCAUGUGCUUAUCAAAGAGUCCCUUAAGUAUCUCUCAAUGUAUCUGCCUCCACCAACUCCUGUGGUAGUGCCUUCCACGCACCCACCAGUCUCUGUGUAAAAGAGAAAUUACCUCUGACAUCCUCCCUAUACUUUCCUCCAAUCGCCUUAAAUAAAGUACUUCAAGUUUCUUUCGAGCGCUGUUGUAUCACUUGUAUCGCCUAUUUAACCAUUGUAUAAACAGAAUCACAGCAACACACACAAAAUGCUGGAGGAACUCAGCAGGCCAGGCAGCACCUGGGAAAAGCGGACACUCAGGCCGAAACCCCUUCGGCAGGGCUCUACUGUUGUCAACAGAAUCAGCUGCCUUUUUACUGACACUCUGUGCUGACCGCAACCACUUACUUUUAGCGUUAAUAAAAUAGAUCGUACAACAUGGAACACAGAACAUAGAACACUACAGUGCAGUACAGAGCCUUCAGCCCACAAUGUUGUGCUGGCCUUUUAACCUACUCUAAAGUCAAUCUAACCCUCUGCUCUCUCAUGCAUUUGGAUUUUCUCAUGAGCCCUCCAUUUUUGAUUUAUUCCUCAUUAAAGUGGGUUUUAAUCUACCAUUGGGUGCUAGGAUAGAGAUACGUCACUACCACAGGAGGUAUAAGACACUCCUUCUCUUCACUAGCCUGCAGGGAGUCUACCUGCUUAGACUUCCCCCCCCGCCGCCCCGAUCAGGGUCAUGUGACGCCACGGGGGCAGGUGGUGGGCGAUCGUAUGAGCAGCCAGUGCACAUCACAAGUCCCAGUUAUGCGACCACUGACUCCAGACAGAAAAUCUCUGAAGAGUAUUGACAAUGGCUGGGGGGUCACCCGUCUUGUAAAGACACUGCCCAGAAGAAGGCAAUGGCAAACCACUUCUGUAGAAAAAAAUUGCCGGGAACAAUCAUGGUCAUGGAACCGUGAUCA